AUGUUUUUCGUGACAGUCAUCUUAAUAUCACUAGCUGCGAUCUACAUUGUCCUAAAACUACUCAAUCACUUUAAAACAGUCCCUGACUUAUACUUGCAACAACAAUCAUACCCCGAUCCAACGCGAUUACCUAACGAAUCACCUAUAUAUCAUUCAACUAAAUCACCCACUGGAUUACGACUUGGUCUUGAUAUUCGAUAUGAUCAUUACAAAUUACGCAGAGGAAACUGUAGUGAUAUUUGGGAAAUUGCCAUGAAGAAAGGAGGGGGAUCUAGGGGGAUAUACGUUAGAGAUGAGUUUGUUGAAUUUGCAACCAUAAAUUACUAUAUUUCUCAGUGGGGUGAAACAUGUGAUGCUAUAAACAUACCGGUGGAUUAUAAAAUAGAUACACGUUGGAUUAUUGUGGUUUUAAUUGGUCUUGUUAAACAAAUCCCAUUACAAUUUUACGAAAAGCAAGUACCUAAAACUGGUAAAUUCAUUUCUCACAUUAAACUCCCUCAUCCCCAACAAUUGACCGAGUUUGAGAAUGUAUACACAGUAGAUAAAGAUAAGGGAAUAUCGAUCAAAUUUAAUAAACUGGUGAAACUUGGAAUUGACGUCGUGGUUGAUUUCACUCAAUUGAACUUAAUUAGUGCUGUUGCAUCAUCAAUAAAACAUCUACCAGUGGAUCACACGGGGAAAUCAUUCACAAUUAUAUCAUCACCUGAUUUUGAAGGGGUUUCAAACACCAUUCUCAAAUUGUUAAUGACAUUUGUUUGCCAAAUGGAAGUACAUAUCGAGGAUGCACCCACCUUCGAAACUGAUAUAACUACCCUCCCCGAAUCGAAAGCAAUAUUGUCUGAGUUGUCAUGGAAACAAAAUAUUAAACUCCACUUCCUUGGGUUGGGUAUCUUUUCCUCAGAUAAAUUAGUCUACGUCUACUCCUCCGUGUCCCAUCCUCAAUUGACAUCAUCUCAACUUAAUCAUUUACGAAUAGUCACAAACUCCCACGUUAUCCGUGAAUAUUAUACAUACAACAUCUUUGGUCCAAUAUUAACCACAGACUACUAUGAAUAUCGUACCUACACUCGUCAAUUUGGAGUCAUACCUCAAUCAUUAGAAAUGAAGGUGAAUAAUUUGGAUGCAAAUGGAAUAGGUAGUUUAUUAGUGAGAGGUUACACCAUUGGUAAAUCUACCAAUUACUUAAAUGGAGUCGAACAAAAGCAAAAUGCAAAUUCCAAUGGAGAUGGGUUUAUGCCGAUCAAUAUACGUGGUAAAUGGGGUACUGAUGGAUGCUUAUAUUUAAUAUAA